GAAAGUAUAGUUACAAUGUCAAAUACCAAUAUUCUUUAUGAAUUAGCGGCUAAUAUAUUUUUAACUGCUAUUAAACAUGCUAGAAUGAAUACAGGAUUUCAACUACUCAAGAGGGAGACACAGAAUAUUUUAUUAGGACAACUUUGGGCGCCAUUAUUCAUCUUAAAAGCAUCCUACUGGUAUACAAAUAUCGACGGAUAUUUUUACUUCCUUCAAGACACCUGCAAUUACAUGAAAUCUUUAAAUUUAGAUACGAAAAACUUGGAAUACCUGGAAACAAUUCUACUCUGUCGAAUGGACUUAUUAGAAGACAAGGAUGAAG